AGCUCGGAUCAAACUCACUAACGGGCAGAGGGACGAAGACACAAAUCGCUCACCGUUCGCUUGCGGCCAGUAUCUAAAGAAUCGAAUCGAUGUCUACGUAACAUGAAGAAAGAAAACUGAUCAGUUUAUUUAUUUGUUUUAUUUGCGCGGAAUAAGAUUAUGUUGGAUCCUGGGCAAAGGUAAGAAUCUGAACCGAGCGGAGAUGAGAGUACAUUUGCCCCUAGAGCCAUGUGGCAAUAGCGCGGACUGCGCUUAGGGGCGCGCUGGGGAUGGCACCAGACCGUGCUGUGGUGCCGCACACUCGUCCGCUAAAGCUUCGUGGGUGAACAUCGCACGGAUAAAUAAGCGAGUGAAGUUUCACGGCAGUUUUCUGAGAGGCGGAUGGACCGGUAGCUGUCAGAAAUGAGAGCUAUUUGGGCAAACUUACUGGCGCUGCUUUUCCUGUGCACUUGUGCUUGCGUGCUGUACUUUUGGAGCAGGUUGGAAAAACGUUUGGAGAGACACAAACGAGACUUUCAAGAGCAGGGGCCCUAUCUUGGACCAUCUUCGGACCUUUCAGCUAAAACUUUUCGAGCCUUACUUGCCGUUCCAGCUGCAGAAAAAUUAUACUUCGCUAGCAGAAUACACAUUCACAACGUUACCGGAGCUGAAACAGUCUCUACUGGUAACGGAAAUAACGUUCUUGUGAAGGUGAACCAUCUUAAAUCGAUCGAUCCGGAGGUUCGGAGAGGACCCGACAUCACCGAGGCAGUCGAGGACGGUAUCUUCUGGAGCCAAAACCUAGAGGAUCGUCUUUCUGUCGGCUUCAGCGAGAAGCAUGCCCGAUCAUGGAGGCGCCGAGCCAGGGGCAGCCGUGUUGUUUCCUUGGAGGCGGGUUGCGGCAGGACUUCGAAUCAGUUGGCCACUUUCUCCGACGGUACCAAAGCCUGCGUGCGUUACGGAAUUAACGCGGACCAGGUGCAGGGCGAAACUUUGUCGUAUUAUUUGGGCUGUUUGCUCGGCAUAACUAACAUCCCGCCGCUGGUCCUCGCCCAGUUAAAUGUUGAUGGCGAACGAUGGGCGUCUGUGAGGAGCAGGAUUGCCAGCCUGCAGUGGUCUCGGGGAGAGGUGGUGUCUCUGACGGAGUGGAUAGCAAACCUGACCGGGGUCGUUACGCCCGCGCCUCUCCGCCAAGAUAGCGAGCGGCUGCACCCGCUCCUGGAGGACCUGCGGCGCAAAACAAAGGCGGAGUUGCUUGCGCUGAUGCAGUGGAGCGACCUGCUUAUAUUCGACUACCUGACGGCCAACUUCGACAGGCUGGCCAGUAACCUGUUCAGCCUGCAGUGGGACCCGCGCGUCAUGGAGAGGGACACGAGCAACCUGCUCCAAACGCCUCGCGGUGCGCUUGUUUUCAUAGACAACGAGGCGGGCUUGGUGCACGGCUACCGCGUGUUGGACAUGUGGGAGAGACACCACAGCGCCAUUCUGAGGUCCGUGUGUCUUUUUCGGAGGAGGACUGCGCAACGGGUCAUAGACCUGCAUCUGGACCGGGACGCGCGGACACGCCUGUUGGAGCUCUACCGGGACAAUGAACCCUUGGCUGCGCAUCUGGGCUUUUUAUCCGACGAGCACGCAAGGAUAUUACAGGACAGAAUAGAAAGAGUGUACAAGCACAUAUUGCACUGUAAAGGAAAAUACAGCCAGUAGCGUCUCCACAUAUAGACCUUUACACAAAAUUACACUAAAAAAAAAAGGACAGUUAGUUACUAAGGUGACUAUGAUAAUGUGUGCGUCAUUAAUUAUGUUCACGGUAACUUUUGAACAUCUAGACGGACUACCUCCUGUGGGGAUGAACCUUUAAUGUGUCAAAGUAAUAUUUGUUUUGUAUAUGAGUUUCCAUGACAAGAAAACAUUGCUUUUGGUUUUCAAAUGUCAGAAUCUGGAGUUCUAGAAAGACAAAGCAUAUUGCUUGUGAAAGAAUUAACCUGGCAAUGCAAUAACUGCCUAACUAUAAUCAAUCCUUAAACACAGAUGUAAGAUAUGAUGUUUGCUGCUUUAGCCUUUUUUUGGGGGGGUAUUUAUGAGAACAUUGUUGUACUUGGUAGAUGCAAAACUACAACUGAAUGAACAGUAGUGUGAGCUAAGUGCUCUGUUUUCUUGGCAAAUGCUUUGUUCUUAAAAAUAUGUCAGAAAUGCAUUACUGUAAUGUAGAGUUUGGUCAGUGGCAAUAUUCAUACUCAAAGAAGUCAGCAAUUAAAAUCCCUUUUUUUCAUUCC